UAUUGGUUUUAUUACUUCUAGUGUUCGGUCGAAGGUGUUUCUCAGUUUCUGAACGAUUUGCAUUAAAAACAAAAUUUUGAACAAAUAAGAAUCGCCGGAUUAUAUCAUUUGAUUAGUUUUAUCGAUUCAAGUGACAAUCAUCAAAAGAAAAACCCGGAAUGGGAGUGAACGACGCAAUGAAUUACGUUCUAUUCAACAAUCCAAUUGCUUCGAAUGUCUGGUCAUUUUUAUCUUCAAAUAAAUCAAAAACCACGGCCAUCGCUCAGCAAGCGAUAAGCCAAAGCACUAAGAUAGCAACUUCGGAACCUCUACCACCGGUAUGGAAAAUUCUUGGGUCAAAUCGACACAUACUGAAACUAGCCGGAAUCAGCGGUGCCGUUGCAGUAAUGCUCGGGGCUUAUGGUGCUCACCAUCGUUUCGCUCAUAUUGACGAAAAGGAACGUGAUCCUAAAAUUAUUUUUGAAAUGACCAACCGGUAUCACUUUAUUCAUUCAUUAGCACUCCUCGCAGCUCCAUUGGCAAGAAAACCAGUUUUGACAACCAUACUGUUAUCGUCGGGAAUGGCAUUGUUUUGUGGCACCUGCUAUUAUAUUUCAUUCACCAACGAUCGUCGCGUAGCGAAGCUAACACCGGCAGGAGGAUUUUUACUGAUUUUCGGCUGGCUCUCGUUUAUUCUCUAAAGAUAUUACAAUCAGUUGUGCUGAGAUUAAAUGUUAUUAAAAUUUGGAUCCGAAAGGAUGGUAUGUUUUGAAAACUAUAAAACGGUCAAAUAAAUGUGUCUAUGUUUAA